AUGUCGCAACCAUACGGCGAAUCGGCUGGCUACUACGGUGGCCCGCCUCAACAGCCGCCCCAACAGCCGCCCUACGAUCCCAAGUACGCUCAACAGUACGACAACAACUACAACCAAAACUACCAGCAGGGCUACGCUGGCCCGCCUCCGCCUCCCCAGGGCUACGACAACGGCAGCAAUGGCUACGGAUACAAUGCGCCGCCCCAGGGCCACGAUCCCGAGAAGUAUACCUUCGAGGAGGCUUUCAAGAUCGACAAGCCCAAGUGGAAUGAUCUCUGGGCCGCUAUUCUGUUCAUCGCAGUCUUCCUCGGCUUCGCGGCCGUCUCGGGCCUGACGAUAUCCGGCUACUCGGCGACCAAGAGCCUCAACGGCGGCGGCAUUUACGACGGUGGCAACACCUUCGGCCUCAGCACAAACACCAUCGUACUGUUUGCAUUCGUUCUGCUUGUCGCCAUCGUCCUGAGCUACGCCUACGUCUGGAUGGCCCGCCUGUUCCCCAAGGCCUUCAUCUGGGUCACCGGCAUCCUCAACAUCGUCUUCGCCCUCGUCACCGCCAUCUACAUGCUCUCGCGCCGCUACUACUCGGGCGGCAUUGUCUUCCUCAUCUUUGGCGUCUUCCUCGUCAUCGCCUUCAUCAGCUGGAUCCCGCGCAUCCCCUUUUCCGCCCUCAUGCUCAAGACCUCCAUCAAGGUCUCCAAGAAGUACGGCCACGUCUACCUGGUCUCGUUCCUCGGUGGCAUUCUCGGCGCCGCCUUGGCCGCGUGGUACUCGGUCACCCUUGUCGCUACCUACUCCAAGUAUCAGCCGUCGCCGGAGAACCCGCAGUGCAGGAACGGCCAGUGCAGCCAGGGCAAGGUCAUCGGCUUGAUUGUCUUUAUUACCUUUGCUAUGUACUGGAUCUCCGAGGUCCUGAAGAACGUCAUCCACGUUACCAUCUCGGGUGUCUACGGCUCCUGGUACUUCUGCGUCAACAACUUCCCCAAGGGCGCCACCCGCGGCGCCUUGAAGCGUUCCCUGACCUACAGCUUCGGCUCCAUCAGCUUCGGUAGCUUGAUCGUCGCCAUCAUCAACUUUCUCCGUCAUCUCUGCUCCGUCGCGAGGUCGCAAGCUGCCGGGGACGGCAACAUUGUCGGUUACGUCCUCUUCUGCAUCCUCGGCUGUCUCAUCGGCUUGCUCGACUGGGCUGUGAGCUUCCUCAACAGAUAUGCCUUCUCUCAUAUUGCGCUCUACGGAAAGGCGUACAUCCCCGCGGCGAAGGACACAUGGAAAAUGAUCAAGGACCGCGGCAUCGACGCUCUCAUCAAUGAAUGUCUCAUCGGCCCCGUCCUCUCUUUCGGCGCCACCUUCAUUGGCUACGCCUGUGCCUUCCUCGCUUACCUCUACCUGGUCUUCACCAACCCUGCGUAUAAUCAAACCGGCAGCUUCACGCCCGUCGUUGUUGCCUUUUCUUUCCUCAUUGGCCUGCAGAUUGCCAACGUCUUUACGACCCCCAUCUCGAGCGGCAUCGACACUAUCUUCGUUGCAUCGGCCUGGGACCCCCAGGUGUUGAUGCGCGACCACCCUCAGCUCUACGACGAGAUGGUCCGCGUUUACCCCCACGUCCAGGAGGCCAUCCACGCCUAA